AUGGCACCUAAAUAUGCGUCGAGAGCUCAAAAAAGGAAGAAGAAGGAAAGAGUAGAGGCAUUAAUUCGAAGCCAAGUUGGAGAUACGGAUAAAUACUUUAAUGGCAAGAAAAGAAAAGGGAAAGAAGAAACAUCAGAAAAUUUAACGAUUGAAGAGCAACUAAAUCAAAAUGAUAUUGAUAAUGAUCAUGUGGAUGAACAGAAAGAGAACAAGGAAAUUAUUGAACCUGAAAAUAUGGAUGAGUCAAAACAGAAUGAUGAAAAUCAUGUUCAACAUGAAGAUUUAAAUCAAGAGAAUUGCUUCUCUUUGAAUUUUAAUGAUCCUGGAAAUUGGAAGGAUAUUCACAUUGAUCAAAAGAUAAGAGACUUUUUAGUUGAAGUGGGUCCAAAAAGAGUUGAUGACAUCUUCAUUCCCAGAGAUAAUAAAGGCUUCAAACAAAACAUACAAUUGUCCAUCAACAAAGAAAGAGAGCAUUGGAGACAAGUGUUAACGAGAAUAAUUGCUAUUGUGAAAAGACUUGCUAAAAAUACUUUGGCAUUUCGUGGAGAUUGUGAGCAACUUUAUGUUGAGAACAAUGGACUUUUUUUGCAAAUGAUAGAAAUGGUUGCCGAGUUCGAUCCAAUAAUGGAAGAACACAUUCAACGUGCCCAAGCACGCGAGAUUCAGUAUACAUAUCUGGGCCCUGAGAUUCAAAAUGAAUUGAUACAAAUGUUGGCAGGCGAGGUGAGAAGUGCAAUUGUCACAAAAGUGAAACAUGCAAAAUAUUUUUCCGUCAUACUUGAUUGUACUCCAGAUGCGAGUAACGAAGAACAAAUGUCUCUAGUAAUACGAUGCGUGGAUGAUUCGAUAGACUCGUCGAUGGUACAAGAAUAUUGGAUUGAAUUUUUGAAGGUUGAUGAUGCAUCAGGAUUUGGACUUUUCAUCGAGCUUAAAAAUGUGUUAAAGAAUCUUGAGCUUGAUAUUGAUAAUAUAAGAGGUCAAGGGUAUGACAAUGGAGCUAACAUGAGCGGGAGACAUAGAGGUGUACAAAAAAGGUUACUUGAAAUUAAUCCUAGAGCUUUCUAUACUCCAUGUGGUUGCCGUAGCCUUAAUCUAGCAUUAUGUGAUAUGGCAAAUUGUUGUUCGAAAGCUAUGUCUUUUUUUGGAGUGAUACAACGAAUCUACACAUUGUUCUCUUCUUCUCCCAAACGAUGGAAAUUUUUUAAAGAUAAGGUUCAAGGUCUGACACUUAAGCCAUUGUCGCAGACACGCUGGGAAAGUCAUGUGGAAAGCAUCAAGCCUAUAAAAGAACAAUCUGUACAAAUAAGAGACGCUUUACUUGACUCGGCAAGCAUUGUUGAAGAUCCUAAAACAAAACGUGAAGCUGAGUCCUUAGCAAUAUAUGAACUUGAAAAUUUUGAGUUUUUACUUGGCAUAGUAAUUUGGUAUAAGUUGUUGCAUGCAAUCAAUACUGUGAGUAAAUUUUUUCAAACCGAAAACAUGGAUAUUAAUGAAGCUAUCAAACUUUUACAAGCGCUUAUUUCAUUUCUCGAAGAUUAUAGAGAAUCUGGGUUUGCCAGUGCCAUGGAUGAAGCUAAACAAAUGACAA